UGAGGCAAAUACACUCCAGCACACACCAUGCUGCUCAAACCUGCUGCUCUGCCAGGCUUGCUCUGCUUUCUCCUCCUGCCCAGGUUCUCCUGCUCCUGUCCUAGUCGCUGCCUCUGCUUCAGGACCACAGUGAGAUGCAUGCAUCUGAUGUUGGAAACCAUCCCCGAUAUCCCACCUCAGACAAGCAUCCUAGAUUUACGCUUCAACCACAUCAAGGAGAUCCAACCCGGAGCCUUCAGAAGACUGAAGAACCUCAACACGCUGCUGCUGAACAAUAAUCACAUAAAGCACAUUGUGAGAAGAUCCUUUGAAGAUCUGGAGAACCUGAAAUACCUCUACCUGUAUAAAAACGAGAUUCAGAGCAUCCAGCAACAUGCCUUCAAUGGGCUGCGCUCUCUGGAACAGCUGUACCUGCAUUUCAACCACCUGGAAAGCCUGGAAUCGGAGACUUUUAGUGACCUGCCUAAACUUGAAAGGCUAUUCUUGCACAACAACAAGAUUUCCAGGAUUCAUCCAGGGACAUUCUCUCAACUGGAAUCCCUCAAACGGCUGCGGCUGGACUCCAACGCCUUGCUCUGUGACUGUGACCUGAUGUGGCUGGCCGAGCUGCUGAAGGGCUAUGCAGAGCAGGGCAGCAGCAUCCAGACUGCAGCUACGUGCGAGGCACCCCGUGAGCUGCACGGCCGCUCCAUCAUCACCCUCACUGCCCAGGAGUUCAACUGCGAGAGGCCUCGAAUAACCUCAGAGCCCCACGAUGUCGACGUCCUCUUGGGAAACACAGUUUAUUUCACCUGCAGGGCAGAAGGCAACCCAAAGCCUGCGAUUAUUUGGCUGCACAACAAUAACGAGAUUGACAUGAAAGAUGACAACCGCCUGAACCUGUUACAAGAUGGUACCUUGAUGAUCCAGAAUACCAAGGAGUCAGACAAAGGCGUCUACCAGUGCAUGGCCAAGAACGUGGCUGGGGAGGUCAAGACACAAGAAGUCGUGCUGCGCUACUUUGGCACGCCAUCCAAGCCCACCUUUGUGAUCCAGCCACAGAACACUGAAGUGCUGAUCGGGGAAAGCGUCACCUUGGAGUGUGGGGUCUCCGGGCACCCAAACCCUCGCAUCAGCUGGACCCUGGGCACGGGCUCUCCUUUACCGCAGGAUUCUCGCUUUGCCAUCACCAGCUCUGGAGGCCUCUUCAUUCAGAACGUCACCUUCUCGGACCAGGGGCAGUACCACUGCAAUGCCACCAACACCGAGGGAUCCAUCCAGGCCACAGCAAGGAUCAUAGUGCAAGAUUCUCCCAGGUUUCUCCUCGUUCCCAGUGAUCAGACAGUAACUGAGGGACAAAGUGUGGAUUUCCCCUGCUCUGCUGAGGGUCACCCUCCACCUGUGAUAGCCUGGACGAGGGCAGGUGGGCCACUACCGAGUGACCGGAGGCACAGCAUCCUCUCCACUGGUACCCUGCGGGUGAUGAGGGUAGCUCUGCAUGACCAAGGCCAGUAUGAAUGCCAUGCCAUCAGUGCCAUCGGUGUGAGGACCCUCCCAGUACAGCUGUCAGUGACCCCCCGAGUGAUACCUGUGUUCCUCCAUCCCCCCCAAGAUGUGAUGGCAGAGACAGGCCAGGAUGUGUCCAUUGCCUGUGCUGCUCAAGGAGAUCCACGUCCCACCAUAACCUGGGUGAAGGAAGGCAUCCAGAUCACAGAGAGUGGCAAGUUCCACAUAAGCCAAGAUGGGACCCUUUCCAUUCAAGAUCUCGGCGUGGCUGACCAGGGCAGAUACGAGUGCAUAGCAAGAAACCCCUUUGGCUUCACCUCCAGCGCUAUGCAGCUCACCAUCACUGCCACGGAUGUGGGUCGGAGCGGCGACACGUUUGUAGCCACAUCAAUACGAGAAGCCAUCAGCAGCGUGGACCACGCCAUCAAUUCAACACGCACGGAGCUCUUUAGCAAGCGCCCCAAGACACCCAAUGACUUGCUGGCUCUGUUCCGUUACCCCCGGGACCCCUACACCAUUGAAACAGCCAGGGCAGGUGAGAUCUUCGAAAGGACCUUGCAGCUGAUUCAGGAACAUGUGCAACAAGGGCUGAUCGUGGAUAUGAACGUCACAGGCUAUCGGUACAAUGACUUGGUGUCCCCUCACUACCUGAACAUGAUCGCCAACCUGUCGGGCUGCUCUGCCCACCGCCGCACACCGAACUGCUCGGAUAUCUGCUUCCACAAGAAGUACAGGACCCACGAUGGCUCUUGCAACAACCUCCAGCACCCAAUGUGGGGUGCAUCCCUCACAGCCUUCCAAAGGCUCCUCAAACCUGCCUACCAGAAUGGAUUUAACCUCCCGAGGGGUUUUUCCUUGGCAGAAGAUGCCAGGGACCUUCCCCUUCCUCUACCUCGCCUUGUCUCCACCACCAUGAUCGGGACUGAGACCAUCACCCCCGAUGAUCAGUUCACGCACAUGCUCAUGCAGUGGGGCCAGUUUCUGGACCAUGACAUGGACCAGACGGUGGCAGCCAUUAGCAUGUCCCGCUUCUCAGAUGGAGCACCCUGCAGCGAGGUGUGCACCAAUGACCCACCUUGCUUCUCCGUCAUGGUCCCUGCCAAUGACCCCCGUGUGAGGAAUGGGCGCUGCAUGUUCUUUGUCCGCUCGAGCCCUGUAUGUGGCAGUGGGAUGACCUCCCUACUGAUGAACUCUGUCUAUGCCAGAGAGCAGAUCAACCACUUGACGUCUUACAUUGAUGCUUCCAAUGUUUAUGGCAGCACAGAGCAGGAAUCGCGGGAGCUGCGGGAUCUGAGCAACCAAAACGGGAUGCUGAAGCAAGGGCAAGUUGUGCCCAGCUCGGGGAAGCAUCUCCUUCCCUUUGCUGUGGGGCCACCCACUGAAUGCAUGAGAGAUGAGAACGAGAGCCCCGUGCCGUGCUUCCUGGCAGGAGACCACCGUGCCAAUGAGCAGCUGGGUCUCACAGCCAUGCACACGCUGUGGUUCAGGGAGCACAACCGCAUCGCCAAGGAGCUGUCGGCCCUCAAUCCCCACUGGGAUGGGGACCUCCUGUAUCACGAGGCACGGAAGAUUGUGGGUGCCCAGAUGCAGCAUAUCACCUAUGCCCAGUGGCUCCCCAAGGUCCUUGGGGAAGCUGGGAUGAAGAUGCUGGGUGAGUACAAAGGCUACGACCCCAAUGUCAAUGCAGGGAUUCUCAACGCCUUUGCCACCGCUGCCUUUCGCUUCGGGCACACCUUGAUCAACCCCAUCCUGUACCGGCUGAAUGAAACCUUCCAGCCCAUCCGCCAAGGCCACAUCCCCCUGCACAAGGCCUUCUUCUCCCCUUUCAGGAUCACGCAGGAGGGUGGGAUUGACCCUCUCCUCCGCGGGCUCUUUGGGGUUCCUGGGAAGAUGCGGGUACCCUCUGAACUCCUCAACAUGGAGCUGACGGAGAAACUCUUCUCUAUGGCACAUUCUGUCUCAUUGGACUUGGCUGCUAUCAACAUCCAGAGAGGGCGAGACCAUGGUAUCCCACCUUACAAUGACUUCAGGGUCUUCUGCAACCUCUCAUCUGCACACGAGUUUGAGGACCUCAGGAAUGAGAUAAAGAACCUGGAGAUCAGAGAAAAGCUCAGGAGUUUAUAUGGAACUACCAAAAACAUUGACCUGUUUCCAGCACUGAUGGUGGAGGAUCUUGUCCCUGGUACCAGAGUUGGUCCAACGCUCAUGUGCCUGUUAACGACACAGUUCAGAAGGCUGAGGGAUGGAGACAGGUUCUGGUAUGAGAAUCCUGGAGUCUUCACGCCAGCGCAGCUGACUCAGAUCAGACAGACAUCCCUUGCUCGUGUCAUCUGUGACAACAGUGACCACAUCCAACAGCUCCAGAGGGAUGUCUUCCGGGUGGCAUCGUACCUGCAGGGCAUGGUCAGCUGUGAAGAGAUUCCUACAGUGGACCUCCGCUUGUGGCAGGACUGUUGUGAGGACUGCCGGACACGGGGGCAAUUCAGGGCUCUUUCUCAGCGCUUCCGAAGCAAGAGGUCUCCUGGCUUUAGCUACCCAGAGGAGAACCCUGCCAAGCAGAAGUCUGCCUUGCCCAGAAAUGAGGCACCUUCUCCAGGCCCUUCCUCCAGAGGGAAUCUCGAGUCCCUUGUGGCUGAACUGGAGAAGACAGUCGCUUCCCUACGGAAACAGGUGAAUGCACUGGAGAGCCAGCUGAGGUGGCACCAUGGGAACACCAGCACACAUGGAUGGGGGAAGAAGACUGGAGAUAAAUGGAGAAGAAGAUGACCAUGUUGACUGUUUGUAUGAGGUGCCCUGUGACCUGCACUCCUGCUCUCCACCACCUGAUCCAAUGCACUCCUACAGGGCUCAGAAGCAGCAUUGUGAGACCCAACGAUGCUCUGCCUCCUCUCACACCCCCUGUACCACUCCCUGUCCCAGGACAACCGUACUCCUGCCUGUAUUGAACCCUCUGCACUGACUGCCUGGAAGCCCCUCACUCCUUGGACCUCCCCCUUUGGAUGAGCUCUGCCCUAUUUGAUGGUGAUUUGAUGCCACUUUCUUCUACAGUUCCCAGGAAAUGGAGAUCAACUGAAGCUGCUUUAGCGCUGUUCUGCUCUCCCCGUCCCACACAACGCUGUCAUUAACCACCACUCCUUGUUUGAAGUGUCCCAUGGGCACCCAACUGAAACAAUUCAUUAAGAGGCAAAACCUUUCUCUGUGGUGCCAGGAAGCGUCUGGAGAAGCCUAGAGAAAAACCAAUAGAAUGAAAUAAAGAUGAAAGCCAAAGCAAAUCCACAGCCAUCUCCUUGUGCCAAUGGAAAGAGCAAGAGGAACCUCAGGGUCAUGGCAAGCACCAUUUGAGCAGUCCCUGCCAGAAGCAGUGAGGUGAACCCAAGGUCUGGGAAGCUCCUGGGUGUUUGAGUGCUCCAGGAUGGCAUGGAAGAACAAGCAGACCACAGACACCCACUAUAAGCCAUGGCAAUCAUACCUGUUGGGUGAUGAGUGACACAUCCUCAGUUAUAUGACCCUGCAAGUGACCUGCCGUUAAACACCUAAAAACAUUCUCCUUGGCAUGACCCACAUUGUCCAACUUUCUGCCCCAUUCGGGAUUUAUGGUGUAUUUAUGGUGUUUUUUCCCUCCCCAAAAAGGCUCUUUGCUGGAAGAUGUAUUCUGAGUAUAAAUGUAACAGGACCUGGAACAGAGCCUCCAAUAAUUCCAUGUAAUGGGCAUUCUCAUUAGUAGAGGGGAGCUGCUGGUUUCUGUCAGUGCAGGAGAACACGAUGUGCAGUGUGUGACACACAGAUGAAUGCAAAGUGCUGUUUGUGUUUAUCACUCCCAGGAGCUAAGCCAGGACUAUGUCACCAGCUCCUCUGAACACGUCCUCUGGUUCUGUUGCUCUUUGAAGGUGCUUUUUAGUGGUGCUAAAACUAAAGGCCCUGUGUAUCCACCAGAGCCCUAUGGGCAGGGUGGGUUUAAUACAUCCUCAUAAGCUGCUCACAGGGACUAUACUUGAUCCAUCAGAUAUCUGUGCCAUCCUUAUCCUGCAUCCUCCUACCUACCUUCCCACACUGCAAGGACCAGAAACUGUUAUGAACAUGCUUUUUCUUUUCUCCUGUUUUAUUUUUAGGUGUUUUAUAGUACCAAAGGGCUACAAAGCAGCGGGGAUGCUCCUGGAACUGAAUAGGAAAUAAAAAGGAAUAGAAAAUAAAGAAGGUUGUGAUUUAUCAGCUAUUUCCUGGUGUGGGGCUCUGAGCUCUGUGUGUAUCCUAUGCAGACGCAGGCUUGCAGUGAUGAGCGUGUGUUAUGCAUGUCUGGGAAGUUCAGCUCAGAGGCAGUAUUUAGUCCUCAGGGAUGUUUGU